UACGUUCGAUUUCUAUGUACAGUCUUCAACAGAAACAAUAGUUGUUGCAAUUGCUGUAAAUUAGUGAACAACAAGUGAGCGUGAUUGAUUAUUAUCGUUGGAUCUAGCAAAUUAACUUCAGUUACAGUUAAUACAAAGCAACGACUUGUGUUCUGUUUUGCUGAACGUAUCCGGUGACCGGUUAUAUUUACGUUGAAUACAAGAAUAAGAAAUUCGUAAGAUUUUUGAGGAUCAUCUCGCAAUUUGGAAUUCUGUUCGUUGAUAACGACGAGAUAUGUUCCUGUCAAAGAUACCACUUCUUAGAAAUGCUACUGCUGGUGUUGUGCAACAUGAAUCAAGAUAUCCAGGUGUUCUCGUUCGUGAAUCUCUACGAAACAAUAUACUCCCUAUGAAAUUUUUUUUGUCGACCGAACAGCAACAGGAUACAACGAGGGAGCAGUCUUCACUUUCAAUAAACACAGGUACACCAGAUAAGUUGUAUAAAAAGAUUGAAGUUGAAGUUAGGGGGAAUGAUCCAGCAGUAUUGAAGAGCUAUGGAGAAUUUGCAGUGAUGGCUGCAAAUCAUUUAAACCUCAAUGUAGGAAGAAACACAGCACCAUAUAAAGCUAUCCAUGAACGAUGGACGGUCCUAAAGUCAGCUCAUGUUCAUAAAAAGCAUCGUGUUCAGUAUGAAAUCAGAACUUACUAUCGCUACUUAGAUUUUUUAAAAUUAACUGGAUCGACAGCAGAUACUUUUCUAGAAUACCUUCAAAGAAAUUUGCCAGAAGGAGUAGCAAUGAAAGUAACAAAGGUGGAGAUAGAGAAAUUGCCUGAAAGUAUAGCCGGAAUGAGUAAUACGUAACUAUAAUAUGUUACUAUGAAUAAUUAUUUAUACAAGCCAUACUGUAGAUAAUUUGUCGACAUAAAUUGUAAUGAAAAUGUUUGAAAUUUA